GACCAAUGAGCAGCUGGUGUCCUUCCUGUCAAAGUAUCGCAACAUGAACUUCAUCAAAUCUCACGGGCGAGACAACGCACGUUUCAUCCGGAAACAGGGUCUGGACCGACUCUUCUACGAGUGCGACACCCACAUGUGGCGUCUCGGCGACCGCAAGAUCCCAGAGGGCAUAGCGGUGGACGGAGGCUCCGAUUGGUUCCUGCUCAGUCGGCCCUUUGUGGAUUACGUGGUCAACUCCAGAGACGAGCUGGUUGGAAGCAUGAAGCGUUUCUACGCCUACACGCUGCUGCCGGCCGAGUCAUUUUUUCACACCGUGCUGGAGAACAGCGCCCUCUGUGGCACCAUGGUGGAUAACAACCUGAGGCUCACGAACUGGAACCGGAAGCUGGGCUGUAAGUGUCAGUACAAGCACAUCGUGGACUGGUGCGGCUGCUCCCCCAACGACUUCAAGCCCUCGGACCUGCCGCGAUUCCAGCAAGUGUCCAGACCCACGUUCUUCGCCAGGAAGUUUGAAGCCAGUGUCAGUCAGGAGAUCAUCAGCCAGUUGGACUCGUUCCUGUUCGGAGCGCUGUCCUCGGGCACGCCGGGCCUCCAGGCCUACUGGGAGAACAUCUACGAGCGGGAGACGGACGGGCCGGCCAGCCUGUCCGACUCUGCGCUCAGCCACUAUCACGCGUUCGCUCGUAUGGGAUUAUCACGUGCUGCCAGCUCGCUGCAGGGACAUCCCAGCGACAACAGCUGCAG